AUGAAGCACCUCAUCCUACUCUCCGGCAUCUUUACAUUGGUUUUAGCCAAGUCGAUCAUAUUUGAUUUCUGGAAGGAGAGGCCAGUUCACAGGCCAUCUCUGUCUCGUCGCAGCAACGAUGACUUCAGCAACCCCCUCUACGGCGAUUAUGAAAAGGUUCAAUACUACGUCAAUGUCACCAUUGGCACUCCAGGCCAACGGGUUGCCCUUCAGCUCGAUACUGGAAGCAGUGAUACCUGGGUACCCUCGGUAGACGCUGAGUCCUGCGCAGAUGAUGGCUGCAGUGAUUUUGGCGCCUUUGACAAGAAUACUUCAUCGACGUAUCACUUGAUCGAAGACCAGGUAGGGAUGUUCGGAAUCAUGUACGCCGAUGGAACGUAUGCCAGCGGCGACUAUUUCACCGAUGUUCUAUCCUUUGGCGAGAACAUUACUUUGAAGGAUACGACCAUGGCAUUGGCCAACGACACUGUCCUUACUGAAGGCUUAAUGGGCAUCGGCUUCCGCUCCAACGAAGCAAGUCUCGAAAAUGAUGAGCCAUUCUCUUUCCCUACAGUCCCAGAACAACUUAAAAAUCAAGGCUAUAUCGACCGGGUUGCGUACUCGUUGUACCUCGACUCGUACGAAGACAAUACCGGGUCUAUCUUGUUUGGGGGCAUCGAUUCUUCCAAACACAUCGGUGAACUCCUUGCUCUUCCCCUGUCCAAAGACGACGAAGGCAACUAUACAGAGUUCUUGGUUGCACUGACUCAAAUAUCAAUUCACGAUGGGAAAAGCACGCGCUCUCUGACCAGACCAACAUUCAAUACGCCUGCCCUGCUCGAUUCUGGCACCACAGACUCGUACCUCCCAAAAAAAGUAUUUGACGCUCUGUCCGACGGCCUCGGUGCAACAGAGGAUCAGGGCUCUGGAUAUGCAUACGUCCCUUGUGCGUACCGAAAGAGCAAUGUUUCAGUCAUCUACACUUUUGGGGGAAAAGACGGCGUGAAUGUGUCGGUGCCAUUGUCUGAGUUGAUUUCCGAACAAAUCGACGACGAUUCUGCGUACGAAAAUGGCACUCCGGCAUGCGCACUGAAUUUCAACCCUACUGACGACCAGAAUGGCAUCAUCCUCGGUGACAGUUUCCUAAGAUCCGCAUACGUGGUGUACGAUCUAGAGAACAAGGUCAUUGCUCUCGGUCAGGCCAAACUGGGUGGGAAAUCUGCUGCCAACAGCGCGGCCAUCACUGAUAUUCCGAAAGGAACCGCGCUUCCCGGCGUCUCACGAACUGCUACCGUCACGGCAGCGCAAGCGACUAGUUCCCUUGAUGACUCCCCCUCCUCCAGCAGCAGCAGCAGCCUGUCACUUGGAGCCAUUGGUACCCCUACUUUCAGCCUGCCAGGUGUUUCAUUGACUGCUGUUGCCUCUCCCACAGGAACUGCAGCCAGUGCAGCCAAGGGGGCGUCAAAAGAUAACGGGGCAGUGCUCGUCGGUGUUUCGAAGAGCACGUGUGUGAUGGCAGUGCUAGCUUUUGUGAUGUGUAUGUUGUAA